CUUUUUGAAUCUAUGUAUUCCUUUCUAUAUGUUGUAACCCUAGUGACUUCAACGAAUUGAUUUUGGACCUUAAUUAGAAGCUCACUCAAGUUGACUAUAAUAAUCACAGUUAUAAUAUUUAGUUGGGUGCUCCUGACGGCUGUCAUGACAGGGCCGGCCGGCGUUUAUGGAAUAUUGUCGUAUUUUAUGUAUGGCUCUUCACGUGCUUGACUGCUGCCGUUUAUUGAAUAUGGGCGCUAACAAAGUUAUUUUAAUUAAGAAAGGGUAAAAUAUUGUAAACGUGUAUCAUUUCGUCAUAUUUUAUAACAUAUUAAUCAAAGCCAAGGGUGGUUCGUAGAAUUUAACUGCUUGAAAACUUUGUUGGCUAGAUAGCUAUAUGUAGCAACAGAAUUUCGAGCUUCUCUUCACAACAUCAAUCCCAUAGCUUACAAAUCAAACAUUCAUCCACAAAGAAACGUCCUUUCCCAUACUAACCUUCGACAGACAAAUUAGCAGUUCAUCAUGUCAACUGUGGUAUUGGAUCGGGACUCGGCAAGCUUCCCUCUCACACUCUGGAGCGGCAGCGAUGGCUUCCUCGAACAAGCUGACCAGGAGGAGCGCCCGCUUGUGUGGGAGAAUGAGUACGACUUUCUCAAGGAAGAGGUCUUCAGGAAGAUGCUGGCAGUUGAGGUUGAUGAUAAGGAGCCUGCAGCUAUUGCCGACAAGCUCCGCCUGAUAGAUGCCAUCCAACGAUUAGGUGUUGGGUAUCACUACGAAACUGAGAUCGAAGAAGCACUCGAGAAAGUGCAUGCUCUUGGAGAAGACCUAUUCGCUAUCCGUGAUGAUCAUAGUGACGGUGAUAGUACUACCACUGAUGAUCUCUACAAUGUUUCUCUUCGGUUUCGACUCCUCAGACAACAAGGUCUUCAUGUUUCCUCAGAUGGGUUUAGAAACUUGAAGGACAGUGAAGGCAAGUUCAAAGAAGGGUUGGCUUCGGAUGGGCUAGGGCUUCUGAGCUUGUACGAGGCGGCUCAUGUGGCAGUUCAUGGAGAAGACAUAUUGGAUGAAGCAUUGAGCUUUGCUACCAAGACUCUCAAGACCAUUCUCCCCCAACUCAGCCCUUCCUUUCAAAAACAAGUUAAGUUUGCCCUGGGUCUUCCUUCUUGGAAAUGUGUCCCUAGGUCACUUGCUAGGAACUACAUCGAUUUCUAUUCCGAAGAUGCCUCCCACGAUUAUAAGCUCCUCAGAUUUGCAAAGUUGGACUUCAACAUGCUCCAAAAACUACAUCAGCAGGAGCUUCGUCGAAUUUCUGAGUGGUGGAAAAGUAUCAAAGUUACGGCCAAUUUCCCACAUGCAAGAGACAGACUUGUGGAAUGCUAUUAUUGGAUCUAUGCCGUGUACUUCGAGCCCAAGUAUGAGUUGGCAAGAAUUAUGUGCACGAAGAUCAUUUCAAUGCUUUCACUUUUGGAUGACACUUGUGAUAACUUCGCUACAUACCAAGAAGUUAAGAUGCUCACAAAAGCUAUUGAAAGUUUCCAUGAGAGCGCUCUUGAAGAACUACCUGAAACGAUGAAGAAUUUGUAUCGUAUCAUCAUUGACCUAUACGACGAAAUUGAGGUGGAACUUGCAAAAACCGGACCUACUUUUGCUGUCAACUAUGCAAAGGAAGAGCUCAAGAAAAUAUGUCGAGCUCACUUGGCUGAGAUCCAGUGGCGUACUGUAGAUCAUGUUCCAACAUUGGAGGAGUACAAGAUCGAUGCUUAUGCUACUAGUGGUUUUCCAAUCCUUUGUACAUCUGCUUUCAUCGGGAUGGGAGCAGAAAUAGCCAGUAGAGAGGCCUUCGAAUGGGUGACCAACGAACCCAAGAUGGUUAGAGCUGCAUCUGUCAUUUCUAGGAUCCAAAAUGAUAUUGUCUCUCAUAAGUGGGAGCGAGAGAGAAGUCAUGCAGCUUCAGCAAUAAAAUGCUACAUGAAUGAGCACGGGGUAUCGGAGGUGGAAGCAGUCAAAUUUUGUUGGGAGGAGAUUUCUAGAGCUUGGAAAGACAUUGCAGAAGAGUGCCAGAAACCAACUCCAUUACUAGUAACCUUGACAGAACGUGUUCUUAACUUUGCACGCUCAAUCAGUGUGAUUUAUGAGAAUGGUGAUGGCUACACUCAUUCUCACCUUUUGAAAGAACACAUCGAUUCAUUGUUAGCUGAUCCCGUUCCUCUCUGAAGAACUCGUGUGAAAAGAAAUUUCUCUCUGUAAGAACGUGGCUAGUUUUUUUUCGCUUGAUAAUGCUUUCUAUUCUACAUUCAUUGUUUCUAUUUCCUGGUUGUAUUAUAUAUCAGAAAUGUGUAAGUGGAUUUUGAUUUCUAGCGAUAAAAUUCUCAUUUGUAUGUGGGAGCAUGACCUUUCUAGUGUACGACCAACUACUAGUACUUGGGACUAUUUAAAUCUAUGAAUAUCAGUCUAGUCGGCUAAUUUACUAUGAGUAUUGAUUAAUGUUCCAAUUUAUUAAGAAUCACUUGUCUACUUGAGGAUCAUUCAGUUGUGAUACCCAAUAUCACGUACUUACUUAUCCAAAUCCAAUUAUGUUUUAUACUUUUCUCUUGUAUUUUAUCCAUUUGUUCUGAAAUCACCUUCCAAUACUAUUGAAAUUUUCAACUCUUUGAGUCCAAAACUGUCCAUUGAUAAGUUUUCUUAUCAUUUAUCUUAUUUACCCACACAAUGUGUUAUUCUUAGGAGCUAUUUCAAGAGUUGAAACUAGAACCAACAUCAACAUGUACAAAUUAAGUGAAUUUGAAAUAAAGUUACAUAUUCAAGAUGAGGAAAAGCUUAAGAGUGAAUUUGUAAAAGAUGCUCAUAAAAAUGAGAAAUCAGGAAGGACGAAAAGGGAUGGUUUCUUUGUUAAAAGGGGAUGGUUUCUUUGUCAAGCACAUAUUAACUCUUAGUAGUUGAACCUGUUGUCGAUCCACAGGAUCUUAGCAAUACUCUAGCUGAUGCAGUCUUUGACAGUUUUGUGCAUUAUUUUGUAUCAUGUGUUGCUGAUAUCAUAAAAAUUUAUGAAAUUUCGUUUUAUACAUAUGCUCCAGAAAAUGAUACGAUACAAAUAUUCUAACACAUUGGAGUAGCCACAUAUUUACGUUACUCCAAGCUUAUGAUUUAUUUAUUUAUUUAUUUAUUUCUAAGGGUGAACUUCUUCUGUUAAAUUGGAAAGACUAUGAAAUUACAAGAAACACUUGGGCAAGGAGUCCCUUGUUAAACGUCACUACCUAACAAUCACGUAAAUAACAAACAGGUUUCUUGGGUAAUUGGUACUCCUGCAGUUGCCAAGCUUAGGGUUAUCCCAAUAGUACCUCAAAUUAUAAAAUUCAAAACGAAUCACAAGCCAUCAUCAAAUUUUUCAUUUUCGAAAUCCAAAAAUUAAAUAAAACCAUUCAUUUUCGAAGUAGACAACGUUCAUCAAAAGGACAAAAUAAAAGAGAACCGCAGAAAGAAAAGGUGGCAUGCAUGUGGGAAUGGGCAGUACACGACAGACUUCAAUCUUUGUAGCUCGUAAAAAACGAGCCCUAAAUUUCAGUACUUUGUUUGUGGCAACUCUUCAUAAAAUAAUAAUACAGACCUGAGAAUAUCAUUUAUGAGCAUCCAAACGUUGAAUUUUUGAAGAAUAAACUCAUUUUUAUAUUCCUGAGUUUCUGCAACUAAUUUCGAACUAGCCAGGUCAAUGUAUACCACCCGACAUCCGUCUUACCAGGGCCUAUAUAUUAUCACCACUUAAAAUCAUUGAACUGGCAGUAAGUACUCUUCAUUUUUUGUAGGUAAAAAAAGAUAGUACUCUUCAUUUCUAUUUUAAAAUUUUUUAUAAACGGUGGUCACCAAACUAUCAACUUUAUAAUUUACAGUAAGUAUUUGAAACUAAAUUGGCAGAAACCUUUUCAUUUUUUGUAACAAAAUAGUUACACUUCUUUUCAUGAUGUAACUAAAUGGUAAUAAGAAUGGUAAAUAAAAUAAGUAUGGAAUA